CAGUUUUAGAAUUCAAUGUUUUUAUCGCCUUAAUUUUACUUAAGUACCUAACAACUUAUAAAGGAAGAUGAAGUAUUCCCUAUUUUUGUUUUUUCUUUUGGCAACGUAUACUGUAAUUAAAGCCCGUACAGUUGAAGAAAUAGUUGAAGAAGCACGUAAGGAAGUUGAAAAGAAUGCUAAAGAAAUUGAUAGCUUGUUUCAAGAUAUUAGUACGUUACAAAAUUGUUUAUAUUCAAUUGAAAAACAAAUCAUCGAUGAAUCUGAAAAUAUAACAAACGAAGUUAAUAAAAAAAAUCAAGAAACAUUAGAAUUAAUCAAUAAAAUUGACAAAGAAAAGUGUCGAGUUAAAGCUAAAAAAGACUUAGAAUUUGCACUUAAUCUUACAAUAACAGAUAUUAAUAUUUCAUGUCAAUUAUUGGACACAUGAGUUAAUCAAUGAAUUAAAACAUGAUUUGAAAGGAACGCAAGAAUCACUUACAAAAUUAAAUAAAACUAAUGGUGAAGUUAUUGAAAAUUGUUUAAAUACUUCAAAUCAACAAGCUGAAGAAUUAGAAAAAUGCUUUAAAGCAAAGGAUAUAGAGAUCAAGGAUGUAUUACUACAAUAUAAAGAAAUAGUAAAUUCUAUAAAUGAUAAAGUGGAAGAUAUUUACCCGACUGCAAUCAUUAGAUGUUUUCAAAUAACUUUAUCGAUAUUCAAUCAAAUAACUGAUCAAAUCAUUUCCGAUGCCAAAAAAUGU